AAUUUAUCUUAUUUUACCAUAUAAAGAAACUAAUUUAGCACAUUUUGCUUGCAAAUAAUAUAAAGAUAUAUAAAAAUGUCCACAACAAAGAUUGAAUUUGCAGUCGAUAUGACUUGUCAAAAUUGCGUCGAUAAAGUACGAAAUACUUUAACCGGCAUAAGUGGAAUUAAAAGUAUUGAUAUAUCGUUGGAAAAAGGAAACGUUAUAAUUGAGACAAAUUUACCGUAUUCUAUAAUUCAAGAAAAAAUUGAAGAAUCUGGAAAAAAAGCUGUUUUGAAAGGAUAUGGAGACAAUUCUAGUGCAGUUGCAAUAUUAGGAGGAAAUUCAGGAUACAGUAUAAAUAAUAAAAUAAUAGGUGUAAUAAGAUUUGCACAAACUCCUGAUGGAUGUAUCAUAGAUGGAACUAUCGAUGGUUUAACAUCUGGCAAACAUGGUAUGCACAUUCACGAAUGUGGUGAUAUUUCUCAAGGUUGUAAUAGUGUUGGAGAACAUUUUAACCCAACUAAUGCAGAACACGGUGGACCUGAAGAUGAUAUAUUUAAGCGGCAUGUUGGAGAUUUGGGAAACAUAAUGGUCGAUAAUUUUGGUAGAACUACUUUUAGAAUUAUAGAUAAAUUUAUAAAAAUUCCUGAUAUUAUUGGAAGAUCUUUAGUUAUAACAGAAAAGCCAGAUGAUUUGGGAAGAGGUGCUAACUCACAAUCUAAAAUAGAUGGAAAUAGUGGAAAUAGACUAGCUUGUGGUAUCAUUGCUCGAUCAUCAGGCUUAUUACAAAAUACAAAGAUGAUCUGUGCUUGUGAUGGACUUACGUUAUGGGAUGAAAGGGAUAAAGCACUUACAAAUAAACAUGAGUUUAUUAAUUAUUCUGGAGCAAGUAACAACUCCAAAUUGUAAAUAACAUGUAGUGAGCCGCAA